GUAUAAUUUAUUAGAUUGUAGUUGUAGACUUAUCAUGAUGAAUGGACGAAUAAAAAAGAUUCUGUAAUAUAUUUUUUACAUUAACUUCAAUUAAAAGUUAAGAGUUUUUUUUUCUCUUGUCAUUAUGGAGAUAUCAGAUUUUUGUCUGAAUGUGAUAAUAAGCAUAUCUGCCUUUUAUUGAUAAUUAUUUUGAAAAUUACUACUUGUAACAUAAGCACAGAGACAAGAAGAGGAGAGCUAUUUUUAACUCGCUGAUACUCCAUGUGCUUCACAAAUGCCUUGCCAUUGACCAUGUGUUUCUGGAUGGGGGAGAACUACAAAAAUGAAGUCUAGGGAAAACACCAGUCUCAGAAUGCAGUUUUGCCUGUUAGAGUGUUUCUGUGUGUAUUUGCACUUUUAAUAUUUAUACAUUUAGGACUGAAUUGAAGACGACUUGAGUGGUAAGUGGUUCCCUUCCAUUCGGCUACAUGAUACUCUAUGUAUAAAAUUCAUGCAUUGUUUGUACAUUACUUUAUUUGUAUAUAGCAUAUAUAAAAGGAAACGCAUGUAUAUUCUUAUAGCUCAUAUUGACAACAAUGCCUUUAAUAUAGUCAAUCAAGUAUAAAUAUAGUAUAAGCAAGUAUUCUUAUUUAUCUACUUUAUAUUCUAUACUCUGAGAGGGUCUUUUUGUUCAGCAUGUGCUGUAUUCUCACAUUUCUGCGUUGGCUGAUAAAGCCUUAUCAUGAAAACAGGCUCAUUCAUGUCCAUAGAACUUUGACCUGCAGGUGUUCAUUGGUUGAGGAUUGGAUAAGGCUCUGCCUUCAUUGUUCUCUCAGCCAGUCAGAGUGAAGCUUGAUAGAAGAUACUCACUGAUCUGUUUCAGUUACUCUAAAGACCUACAAGCUUUAUGACAUUAUGAAUAGACUAUGGACCUUAUUCCGAUCCUACCCAUACAUUAGCAAUGUGGUGGGCUACACAACCCUGUUCGCCAGUGCAGACCUCAUUCAGCAAAGCGUCCUGGGUGAUGAACAGGAAAGGAGUGCUCAGCUCAGUGCUGAUACUUCUGAGGAGCAUGCACUCUCACUCACAUACAAGGAAGAAGAUGCCACACCUGGGCAUUCAGAGAAAGCCCACUUUAAAGACUCAGUCUCAGUAAAAAGCAUUCCAAAUCACAGUAUUGACCUGGCCCAGACCGCCCGAGUAGCACUGGUCGGGUUUUUUUUCCAUUCCAACUUCAACUAUCAUUGGCUGCGUGCAUUAGAGAGGAUGUUUCCUGGAGGAGGGGCCAAAAGAAUAUCCCUGAAGGUGCUGCUGGAUCAAUUGAUAGCUGCUCCUGCCACAAUCAGUGCUUUCUACAUAGGUUUGAGCACAUUGGAAGGCAAAGAAGAUCCCUUUGCAGACUGGAAAAACAAAUUUUGGGCUUCAUACAAGACUGGUGUAGUCUACUGGUCCACAAUGCAGGCAGUGAAUUUCUCUCUGGUCCCUCCGGUAGCGCGCACUGUGUUUGCUGGAGGAAUCGCUCUCGGCUGGACCAUCUUUCUGUGUCAUUUUAGACAGCAAAAAACUGAAUCUCACACACACACUUAAAUCACUAAGACCACCUAACAUUGAUUGCAGAGAGAAUAAAAUAAAAAUAUGUUUUCCCAA